AUGGCCAAGAAAGCCUCCCGUUCUUCCUCCAAGGGCCCCGCCCUCCGCCAGCGCCGCAGCGGCGCCUCGUCCUCGUCUGUGGGGGAGUCCACAAAGCGUGCAGCCGCCAGCGGGAAGAAGAUCAACCCCAUCACUGGGCAGCGGCAGCCGAAGCAGCCACCGCGCAAGCUGGCCGUUGAAACUGACGCGCAGAUGGACACCUGUCUCUGGCGCACGCAUCCCAGUCCCGACGCCGACGGCGGCAAGGUCAAGCUCUGCAACGCUUGUGGCAUCCAUAUCCGUGACAAAGGCUACAACCGCAAGGUGACACCCGAGAUGCUGCAGCGGCAGUCAUCGCAGGCGCAGGCGACCCGACGCGCAUGGGCGAUCCAGAACGGCCAUGAGAGCGACAGCGACAUUCCUUCCUCUCCCACCUCGUCAGAAUUCUCGGACGACGGCGCGCCGCCCAGCCCCGCGGCCUCUGACUCAACUAAGGCUGCCACGCCUCCCCCGUCCCCGCUGCCCGCUGUGCCUGCCAUGCCCACCAGCUCGUCUGCCGGUCCUGCCGUGCGGAAGAAUUCCCUCAAGGCGUCCCCGAAGGCGUCUCCCAAGUCCCUCAAGUCCAAGGCUGCCCGCAAGGCAAGCAAGGCGGCGCGACCCGCCCCCCUCAAGCUGACAAAGUCAGCCUUCGACACGUCCAGCAACCUCCCCAGUCCCACGUCGGAUGCGUCUGAUGCGCCUCUGCGCAAGAAGGAGGUCUCGAUCAGGCCCAAGCCGGUGUCAACAAUGAGCGACGAGGAGGCUGCGGAUGCGCUGUUCCGCCUGAUUAGCGAUGCGUGGCGCCAGUACGACGGCUGCAUCGUGCACUCGAGCGCCAGCGACGGCGCUUCCUGCUGCAGCGGUUCCAGCGAGGCAGACUCGAAUACCCAGGCUAGUUCCAGCUCGUGCAUCGACACCGACUCGCAGCCCUCGUUCCACACCCAGCUUCCCCCGCCCAUCUUCCCCGGAGACGUGUUCUACCCGACCCCUGGGCCCGAGAAGAGCUUCCACGGCUUUGGAGCGUACCAGAACUACGAGGCGCCCGCUUAUGUGCGCCGCGACAGCCUCGAGUCGGCCACGUCCGCUGCGUCUGCCAACAUCAUGACGCCUCCCGUCACCCCGGUCCUGUAUGCGAACAACGGGUGCACCGAGAAGGGAUACCCGCCGGAGGGCUACGGCGCGGAUCUGGCGACGGAUCACUUCUUCGCGCACUAG